UUUAUCAUUUAGGGGCCGUUUCGUGUAAGGGAUAAGAACAAAUAAUUUUAGAAUAAAUUUGUAGUGCUUCUUAUUUGGUUGCAAAAAUCUGAGAUAACUUAUCUCAAAAUAAUAAUUAGUACUAGGAUAAGUUAUCCCUCCCGGUGGGAUAACAAUCCCAGGAUAACUUAUCCCGAGUUAAAGUAACUUUCUCAAAUCCUUUAUAUAAUCACUCUUCACACCAUAUAUAAGUAAAAGACGGAGGAUAUUUGCAUAAACAAAUAAUUUAUUCUUAGAAAAUAUGAAAUGCAUAUUAUUUUUAAUACUACAAAUUAAAUAUUCAAUAAAAAAUAAUCUCAGCAUUUAUUCCAGCAUAACUAAUGUAAGGACCCUAGGGUUUACAAUUCUGUCAAUUCAUAUUAUUUUCAUUCUUUUCUUUGAGACUUCAGACUUGCAGCUUGGACCUGUGGCUGCGGCUGUGCUGCUGGAGUUCACUUCCCUUUUCAUCACAAAAUUGAGUUCUUCCAAGUCCCAGGCUUGGUUGGUGAAUUUACAUGAUGAAUGCUGCAACAUUGUUAUUUAGGAGGUUAAAUAUCAGAGAGCUGGUAACAAGAACCCCUGCUUACAAUACUGCUAGUGAUGUUUCUGGAGAUGGAUUGAGCUUGAUGUUUAGACGGUGGGCUACCAAAAAGACAGCAGGGUCUACAAAGAAUGGCCGUGAUUCAAAACCAAAGAAUCUAGGGGUGAAGAAAUUUGGUGGAGAGAGAGUGAUUCCAGGAAAUAUUAUUGUUCGUCAAAGGGGAACCCGAUUUCAUCCUGGAAACUAUGUUGGAAUUGGGAAAGAUCACACGCUUUAUGCUUUGAAGGAAGGCUGUGUUAAGUUUGAGCACCACAAGUUGAGUGGGCGCAAAUGGGUGCAUGUUGAGCCCAAGGAUGGGCAUUUGCUUCACCCAAUCUACUCAAGCACUACAGCUGCCGAGCCGAAGACAGCUACUUAAGUUUCUCUGAUUUGUUAACUGUUGAGUAGUCUUUGUAUCUCUUAGGUCUCUUGAUUUAAAGCAAAUAUUUGAAGAUUAGUUGAUACUUGCUGAAACGUUGUCAUGGGGAUGAGAUGCAGUUUGAUGUGGAAACUUGUGUUAGUAUUGACAAGUAUCUUUAGGACAUGUGAUGAGAGCACAAACAGUGUUUAGUAGUCUGGUAAGAGACAUUUUUUUAUGAAACUUGGAAAAUGUCUAGGUUGGAAGCUUCAUAACUGCCAAUUUGCUAUAGCAUUUGGCGUAAAUUAUUUUAUUUCCAUCGUAAAGCCUAUUUAAAGGAA